AUGAGAAUGCAGCACAAUCUGGAGCAACAGAUACAGGCCAGUCCAACUACUAAUUCAAUAGCUAGUUUUGUGGCCACUCAGGAAAUAGUCAGGUUGUUGUGGCUCCUGGUGUUUCCUUUUCUGUGGGAAACAAGUCUAAAUGGCUCUGAGUGUUUAAGAUUGCCGACCCCUAGUUUAGCCAAUAAAAUAAAUAAAUUCCUUCAUCCUAGGCACUUUGACAAGGAUAAGUCUGGCCGCCUGAACCACCAAGAAUUUAAAUCCUGCCUGCGCUCCCUGGGUUAUGAUCUGCCCAUGGUGGAGGAGGGAGAACCGGAUCCGGAAUUUGAGGCUAUUCUCGACACGGUUGAUCCAAAUCGGGAUGGACACGUGUCUCUGCAGGAGUACAUGGCCUUCAUGAUCAGCAGAGAGACGGAGAACGUGAAGUCCAGCGAGGAGAUAGAGAGCGCUUUCCGCGCCCUCAGCUCGGAGGGCAAGCCCUACGUGACCAAGGAAGAACUCUACCAAAAUCUGUCCCGGGAACAAGCGGAUUAUUGCAUCUCGCACAUGAAGCCCUACAUGGACAGCAAAGGCCGAGAGCUUCCCUCUGCCUACGACUACGUCGAAUUCACACGCUCCCUCUUCGUGAAUUGAUCGCCAGCGCUGCCCACCCCCUGCCCUCAACCCACCCCGCCGAUCCCCGAGAAUGCGCUCGCGCAUCGUUGGCUUCCUCGUUCUUUGCAUGUCUCCCUCUCUCGUGCUCGAAAACCAAUCCCCAUGUAACCUAAAAAACGCUUUGCUUAACGCCUCCGUCCUUAGGCCUAAGGAAACAAACAAACAAUAACAAAAAUAAUGUCAGUGUGUGCUUCAAUAAAGUUGCUAGUCCAAA